AUAUGACAUCUUUACUAGCACCUUUAAUUUUGUUUAAAUGUUCCAGUCGUUAAGCUGGAUGUGAUAUCGGUUUCUGUGGCAAUCCAAAUCGUCAAGCUAUGAGGAAGGUUUUAACACUCGAUACCAUCAAUCCGAAUUUGAUAAAGGUGGAGUAUGCGGUACGCGGCCCAAUUGUAGACCGUGCUCUACAAAUCGAAAAAGAACUGAAACAGGGUGUUAGCAAGCCGUUUAAAGAAGUCGUGAAAUGUAAUAUCGGUGAUUGUCAUGCCACCGGGCAAAAGCCAGUUACAUUCAUUCGUCAAUUAACAGCCGUUACAACAUUGCCCAAUCUGUUUGAUGAUAAAAGUAUACCUGAAGAUGCUAAGUCGAGGGCUAUGGCAAUCCUCUCCGGAUGUUCUGGUUCGAGUGUAGGUUCCUAUAGUCAUUCACUUGGACUUGAAGUGGUGCGUAGGAACGUGGCAAAAUACAUAUACGAGCGGGAUGGUGUUGAAUCAAACUGGGAAGAUAUUUUUCUGUCAAAUGGUGCCACAGAAGCUGUAAAGGUUUUAAUGCAAAUGAUAUCUUCAGGCGCUCAAGGCAACGCUCGAGCUGGUGUUAUGAUUCCAAUUCCACAAUAUCCUCUCUAUUCAGCUACGAAUUCGGAAUUCAACAACUAUCAGAUCAACUACUAUUUGGAUGAAAAUGACAAUUGGGCAUUAUCCAGAACUGAACUGGAGCGUGCUCUGGCCGGUGCGAAAAAAGAAUGUAUGCCAAGAGCUAUAGUUAUCAUCAAUCCGGGAAAUCCAACUGGUCAAGUCCUAUCACGCCAAUGUAUGGAGGAUAUAAUAAAAUUUGCCGUUGAACAUGAAUUAGUAUUGUUAGCCGAUGAAGUUUAUCAACAUAAUGUUUAUCAGCCGGAGAAAUUUCCCUGGACUAGCUUCAAAAAGGUUUUGUCUGAAAUGGGUUCAAACUAUGCAGAUAAAUUGGAACUCGCCUCUUUGAUGUCCUGCAGUAAAGGUUACAUGGGAGAAUGUGGUUUCCGUGGUGGUUAUUGUGAAUUAAUAAACUUUGAUCCUGAUGUAAAAGCACAACUAUUCAAGGCUCUUUCAGCACGAUUAUGUCCACCUUUGUUGGGUCAGGUGGCAAUGGAAGCUGUUGUGAAUCCACCCAAACCAAAUGAACCAUCUUAUGCUCUUUUUGUCAAAGAACGCGAUGCUGUAUUAAAUGCGUUAAAAGAAAAAGCUGAAUUAACGUAUAAUUCGUUAAACUCACUACCAAAUAUGUCUUGUAACCCAGUACAGGGUGCAAUGUAUGCUUUUCCGCGGAUACAUAUACCACCAGCAGCUAUUCAGGAAGCUAAAAUAAUAGAGCACUCCAGUGGAAAAUGUAUAUUUAGCCUUCUUCAAAAUUAUCUCAGUGUUCAAGAGUCGAGCUUUUCGUUAGAUGACAAUGUCAUCAGGACGGUUCCACAAAAUCAAAUGAAGUGAAUUGGUUAAUUUCAUUUUUCUUACUUGUGUAUAUCGUUUUUUAUUGACUAAAACUGACUGAAUGUCCUUCAUUGUUAUUUUUUAUUCUUCCCCGUUGUUACAACUGAAAAAUAAAGAGAAAAGGACAAGCUCCAGAUUUCUUUUAUUGUUUACAAUUAUUAGAAGAAAAAGGUAUAUGUGUUGUUCCUGGUUCUGGUUUUGGACAGAAGGAGGGGACAUACCAUUUCAGGACAACUAUUCUACCAACCGUUGAAAAAAUGAAAUAUGUUGUGAAACAACUGGAAGAUUUUCAGAAAGCUUUCAUCAAGAAGUAUUCCUAAUUUUUUAUACCUAAAUUUGCAAUCACACAAAUGUUAGUUGUUAGAUAGCAGCAGUCGCGACCACAUUUGGAUCGCUUGAAUCUUUUUUUGUUUAUCUAUUUUCCGUUUAACAGUAUGUCAGCAAAACUCUGUCUCUGAAUAAUUAUUUCUGCAGUUUAUCACUGUGUAUAUGUCAUACAUGUAAUAUGCAUAAAUAUGUGCAGAUUCUUAUUUUAUAAACUAAUAUUACUUUGAAAAUAAUUGUUUUCAGUUUUUUCCAUUAUUCCUUCAUUCUUCAGUUUAUAUAUAUGGAAUUUCCAAUGAAAAAAAAUCCCACGAAAUAUAUUUAUUUCAUUUAUCAAAUCUACACC